AUGCACACUUCGUCGAUCCGUGCCGCGCUGGCACACGUCUUCCAGAUCGCACCUCGACCGUCGCUCCGCAGAGUGAUUUCGACUUCUCUUUCUUCGAGCACCAAUACGGCGAUAAAAGGGACCACAAACUCGAGAUUGUCCUUCUCGACGAGCGCCGUCCACUAUGCAAAAAAGAAAGGGGGCGGCAGACCUGAUAGACGAAUAACUUUAAUCCGCUACUUCCUGCACCAUCCCACAACCCUCACGCCGCGGCCGCUCCGCUUCUCGCGCAACAGAUACCUACGGCACUGGACGAUCACCCGCGCAUGGAACCUGUACCGGCACAACCUCAAGAAGUCCCGCGAGCUCGAGUUGGAGCGCCAAUACAACGCCAUGCGCGAUGCGAAUGAAGAACUCCGCGUCGGAGCCAGCGACGGGGGCCGCCUGUUCAGGAAAGCCCAGAUGAAGACCGGCAUCUGGGGCAUCGGCGGUUCGGGCGUGGGUGGUGCUUCUGGAUCAGGAGGCAGGGCGAAGGGAGGUGUCCCCAUCGAGUACGCGAGAGGUCUGGUAGAGUGGGUGGGAAGCACAGGCGGGCUGGGCGUUGGAGGGGGAGAAGCCGCCGCCGCCGAAGGAAGCGCGAGCAAAGCCAAAAUAUGGGAUUACGCAUGGAAAAGACAUUGA